AUGGCACCUCACGCAUUGGCUGAAACACCCGCUGUUUCUAGUCUUGACUCCAGUGUCAACGAAUUAGACAUUAGCAGCACCGCUAUUAUCAAAGCCAACCCUUUUGGUACUGCAGUUGAUCCAAACCUUAUCAAAGGUGCAGUCUACACUUCUGCUUCUACGAUUAUUAACCAAGCAGUUUAUUCUAUUGCUUCCAAGAUUUUCAGCUACGAAACCGUUGGUGCUGACAAUUUGAUUGAUUCUCACAUUCAAUUAUGGAGCCAAACUUAUCAACGUGGAAACUCGUUUGGUAUUGUUCCUUUCUUCCACAAACUUCAAGUUAGAUCUGGUGCUUCAAACGCCAUCUUAGGGUAUUUCAAGAAGAAUGGCACUAAUGGCCAACCUUUAUCUGUUUUUGUUGGCGGUAACGGUUUGAACUAUAUGAGAAGUUCUUUGGCCGGCCAACUCAAUGACAGUUUACCAUUGAGUUUGAACGUUUCUGCUAUUGAUUUCGUUGAGGAUUCCUUAGUUUCAAACUAUGGUUCUUCUUUAAGCGUUGCCCGUGAUUUAGGAUUCCCAGUAUUCACUCCAGUUGAUUCCAAAGACGGUUUAGAAUUACAACAUUUGGCCGUUUUGAACCAUACUUUUGCCUCAUUUGUUGGUAAGCCUUCUUUAUUUUUGUUUGAUGGUCCGGAUUUUGUUAAAUCUUUUACCAGAUAUUCUAAUUUAUUAUCAGUUGAAAAGUUGGGUCAUUUGUACCAAGGUUUAUUGAAUGAUUUGUCAUCAGUCGUCCCAACUAGCGUUGACAAUGCUAUCGACUUGGCUUUCAAUGCUUUGAACAACCUUACCGGAAAGUCUUAUGCUCCAUUUGAAUACGUUGGUAGUGCCAAUCCUGAAACUGUUUUUAUUAUUUAUGGUUCCCACGAAUCUACUCAAGUCUCUGACUUGAUCAAACGUAGUGGUGACAAGAUUGGUUUAGUAAAGGUUAGAGUUCCAUUGCCAUUCAACCAUGGUAAAUUCUUAGCCACCAUUCCUAGCUCCACCAAGAAAUUAGUUGUUUUAAGUCCAGACAAUGUCUCCUUAAAGGCCGAUAUCACUGCUGCUUUAUUCUUGAAUGGUAGAUACUUUGGUAUCACCAUAGACGAAUUUGUUUACUCACUUGACUUUACUUGGACCCCAAUUACCAUUGCCAAAAUCUUGUCUGAAUUUGUUCCAAACUUGAAUGUGGAUAAAUUAUUGUUGUCUACAGCUAAGAACUCAGUUGAAGCUUUAACUGCCAAUUCUUCUCCUGAAGGUCAAUUUGUAUUCUGGGGUAAGGACAAUGGUAUUAUUACAACUACUGCUGAUAAGUUAGCUUUAUCAUUGUCAUUAGAUAACUCCAAGGCUGUUGAUAUUCGUAACAGGUACGACAAUUCCCAGGCCGGUGGUGUUUUCCAAUCUCAAAUUAUUGUUACCAGUGAAGGUUCAACUGUUGGCGAUGGUGCUGAUGUUGUUAUCAUUGAGGACUUAGCACUUUUAGACAACUACGAUAUCUUAGCCACUGUUAAACCAGGUGCUAAGGUGUUGUACAUUAACAAUAAGAAGAUUGCUUCUCUCGAAGAAGAUGUUGUUGCUAAAUUACCUUUGGAGUUCAAGAAGACUUUAGCUUCUAAUCAAAAUGAGUUAAUUUUGGUUGAUUUCUCUAUUAUUGAUACCUUAGAUGAAUUAAACAAUUCCAUCAAGGGUUUAUCUGGUGAAUUCUUGCUUCAAUUAGCUUUCUGGAGAGCUUCAUUACCCGAAUUGAAGGGUUUCAUUGUUAACAAGUUGUUACAAGCUAACGGUAACUCUUUUGAAUUAUUAGCUACUGUUUUGGAUAACUUUAUCAACAUUGUUGACGAUAAUCAAGGUAUCAAGGAAAUUGUUGUUGAUUCUAAAUGGAGUGAAUUAGUCGAAGAAGAUCCAGAAGAAAAGGAAGAGCAACAGGAAGAAGAAGAAGAAGAAGAAGAAGUUAAACAAUUACCAUUCUUUGUUAAAGAAACUUCCUUAUUCCCUAACCCCAGAACUUCGACUGAAACUGCUGAAGAAAUCAACACUAAUGCCCACACUAGUCUUGCUCAAAAGAUCGCUUUCCCUGAAGCUUACAAUGUUUCUCAAGAAUUGAGACCAGACUUACCAAUGAAGAACUUUGUAGUUAAGGUGCAAGAAAAUAAGAGAUUGACUCCAACUGAAUAUCUGAGAAACAUCUUCCAUAUCGAAUUUGAUAUUACCGGUACAGGCUUAACUUAUGAUAUUGGUGAAGCUUUAGGUAUUCAUGGUAGAAACAACAGUGAAGCUGUUGAAGAAUUCUUGCAAUUCUAUGGUGUUGAUGGAGAUUUGCUUGUUGAAAUCUCUAAUGGGGCUGAAUUGCAAAUUAGAUCAGCUAGACAAGUCUUGUCUGAAAUGGUUGAUUUCUUGGGUAAGCCACCAAAGAGAUUCUACGAAUCUUUAGCUGAAUAUGCCACUGAUGAAACUGAAAAGACAGCAAUCGCCAAGUUAGCUACUGGUGGCGAAGAAUUGAAGCAAAGACAAGAGGUUUCAUUUGAUACUUACUUUGAUAUCUUGCAAGAAUUCAAAUCUGCUAAACCAGCUUUCCAAGAUUUGAUCAAGAUCAUUUCUCCAUUGAAGAGAAGGGAAUAUUCUAUUGCUUCUUCCCAAAAGAUCCACGAAAACGCUAUUCAUUUGUUGAUUGUUGUUGUUGAUUGGGUUGACUCCAAGGGUAGAUUAAGAUAUGGUCACUGUUCCAAGUACUUGUCUGAUUUGAAGAUCGGUGACGAAUUAGUUGUCAGCGUUAAACCUUCGGUUAUGAAGUUACCACCAUUAUCCACCCAACCAAUUGUUAUGUCUGGUUUAGGUACUGGUUUAGCUCCAUUCAAGGCCUUCAUUGAAGAAAAAAUCUGGCAAAAGAACCAAGGUAUGGAAAUUGGCGAAAUCUACUUGUACUUGGGUUCUAGACACAAGAAGGAAGAAUAUCUUUAUGGUGAACUUUGGGAAGCUUAUAAGGAUGCUGGUGUUUUAACCCACAUUGGUGCUGCCUUCUCUAGAGAUCAACCACAAAAGAUUUAUAUCCAAGAUAAAAUUAGAGACACUAUUGAAGAAUUAACUGAUGCUAUUGUCACCAAGAAUGGUUCUUUCUACUUGUGUGGUCCUACUUGGCCCGUUCCUGAUAUCACCCAAUGUUUGGAAGACAUUGUUGCCAAUGGUGCUAAAAAACAAGGUGUUGAAAUUAAAGAUGUUGCUAAAGUUGUUGAAGAUAUGAAGGAAGAAGGCCGUUACAUCUUAGAAGUUUAUUAG